AUGCCCUCAAUAUUUUCUCGACUGAAAAGAAGGCGCGAGCAGGCGCAUAUGAGCAUCAACGUUGAUGGCCCUUCAGCGCCAGGGCCAGGCGAAUCGCAAGUUGCAACUGAGCUACACGAAUCCAACACUGAGUCUGCCAUUGCGCAACCCGAUCAAGCUCUGCAGAUGACUUCUAUAGAACCAAAUUCAGACGAUUCAACGACAGAAGCCAUGCAGCCCCUUUGGACUCAAGCAUACCUGAAGAUCAAGGUCGAGGACGCGCCACUGAUGGACGAAUAUGAAGACGUUCUUUUAAAGGAACUGCCACAAUCUGUCAACGCGUCUACUAGUGAAGCAGAGCAAUCUAUACCAGAGCAUUGCUAUUUGCAGUGGAUGCGGGAAAUCACCGACCUUGGCCUACGACGGAUGGACGAGAAGACGAUGAAAUACCAUAUUGCGGGUAAUGAAUAUGUCGUUAAAAGGCAGGUUGCUCAAGUCAGCAAUGCUGUACUGAAGUUGAAAUCUUUUAUUGCGGAUGCUGUGAGUUCGUCCCCUGCUGCCUCUGUGGCGGUGGCUGGGAUUAGUAUGCUUCUUCCACUACUCACAAACCCAAGUACUAUGGAUGACGCAAACAAGAGCGGUACGACGUAUGUUAUAUCUAGGAUGCAAUUUUAUAUCGGCAUAGAAGAGCAGUUAUGGCCCAAGUGCGUAACACUGUCUGGAGACUUCCGCAACAAGCUUGAAGACGACCUUAUCAGUCUUUACAGAGCAAUCAUAGUUCUUCAAAUAAAAAGUGUUCUCAGGUUCUACAGAUAUUGGAUCAAAACGACCGCCCGCGAUAUGGCAAGGUGGGAUGACUGGAAAACUAUGCAAGAGGAUGUGAAGGCUGCUGAAGUGGUGGUUGCAACAUACUUUGAUAAGCUUCUACAACUCGACUCUCGCAACUUACUUCACAAGCUUAGCAUACAGGCCGACGACAAUACAAUUUCGUUUCAGGCGAUUCUUUCUAGCGUUAAUGCGAUAGAGAAAGAUAUGCAAAUGGCUCUCCGCCAACAAGAUAAUCAUCAUCGAGAGAAGAUCAUGUUGGUCCUUACCAAAGAGCAGCAGGAUUGCCACCAGGCGUUCAAGACAUCUGUAUACGAAAGACAUAAAAACAUCAAUCCAGAUCGGGUAGAGGGCACCUGCCGGUGGACACUUGAGAAUAAGCACUAUCGCGAGUGGUAUAGCAAUGGCUAUAAUGACCUCCUAUGGGUCUCAGCAGACCCGGGAUGCGGCAAGUCAGUCCUCGCAAAGUCAUUGAUUGACAAGGAUCUAAAUGAGACAUCCGCAUCCGUCUGCUAUUUCUUUUUCAAAGACAAUGAUGAACAAAAUGGCCUAACAACGGCAUUGUGUGCGGUAUUGCAUCAACUGUUUAGUUAUCAGCCUCAUCUUAUACGUCAUGCAUUGUCCGCAUGGCAACAAAACGGCGACAAAAUUCAGCAAGAAGAAGAACAGCUGUGGCGUAUAUUUAUGGCUGCCAUCGCCGAUCCCGCAUUCAAAAAUACAGUGUGUAUAUUUGAUGCUCUUGAUGAGUGCAGGUCAAAUGACAGAGGCUCCUUAAUUAAGAAGCUAGAAAUAUUCUACUCCCAAGCACAUAUAGCACCGAAGCAAGGCUGGCUAAAAUUUCUCGUUACCAGUCGCCCAUAUGACGACAUACAGCGUCAAUUCUAUCAGACUACACAGUCAUUCCCUCACAUUCACAUCCGCGGUGAAGACGAAAAUGCACUAGUUCAUGAAGAAAUUAGCCUAGUGAUCAAGUUGCGGGUAGAUGAGCUUGCCGAUCGUCUGCAGCUAGACUCAGACAUACACGAUCGGCUGGAACAGCAGCUUCUGGCAAUGGAACACCGCACGUACCUUUGGCUGUAUCUAGCCAUGGAUGACAUUGAAACCCAGUUUCGCAACAGCUUGGAGCCUGGCGAAGAAUCUAUUGAGCUAAUCCCGACCUCAGUCGAUGCCGCGUAUACAAAAAUACUGGAGCACGUUGCCACUGAUAAGAAACACGACGUAGAGUUGAUUCUACAAAUUAUUGUCACGGCGCGGCGCCCUCUAACGAUUGAAGAGAUGGCUGUGGCACUCGGCAUUGCGAUGGAUCACCGCUCGCAGUCUAAUAGGAGAUCAGCGCUGCGAUCACAAGGCUUAGCGGAAAAGAUUCGCCAUCUUUGCGGGCUCUUUGUCUUUAUGCAAGAUUCCAGAAUCUACUUGAUACACCAAACUGCGCGAGAGUUUUUACUUCGCAAAGAGAAGGUAUGGUCUUUCACGCAAACCGAUGGGGAUAUCUUGCUGUCCAAGAUCUGUAUUAGCUUUUUGCUACAAGAAGACAGUACAAUUGAGAAAAGCCGAAAGGAUACUGGCUGCGAGUGUUUUCUAGAGUAUGCAGCAGUGUAUUGGGUGGACCAUGCCAGGCAGAUACCAUCACAGAUAGAAGCACAACUUGCAACACAGAUUGAUCAGCUUUACGACGUUAAUACUGGGAUUUUCGCGUUAUGGUGCGAAAUCUACUGGGAUGAAGAAAUAGUAUAUCCAGAACAACCUCAGAACAACAGCAACAUAAUUAUGGCCGCCAUUACUGGACACACACAUACCAUACAAAGAUACAUACAAUGCGACCCAGAGGCUAUCAACACACGGAGCAGUAAUAUCACAUCAGCGCUAUACUGGGCUUCUGUCCAGGGUUAUCUUACUAUUGUCCGACUCCUACUCGAUGAGAGAGUAGAUGUGAAUGCACAGGGUGGCUACUAUGGCAAUGCGCUGCAGGCUGCAUGCUCCGAAGGUUAUAUUGAUAUUGUCCAACUUCUUCUUGAUGAGGGAGCAGAUGUGAAUGUUCAAGGUGGCUAUUAUGGCAACGCGCUGCAGGCUGCAUGCUGCGAAGGUUACGUUGAUAUUGUCCGACUUCUUCUCGAUGAGGGAGCGGAUGUGAAUGUACAAGGUGGCUACUAUGACAAUGCGUUGCAGGCUGCAUGCUCCGAAGGCCAUGCUGAUAUUGUCCGACUCCUACUCGAUGAGGGAGUGGAUGCAAAUGCAGAAGGCGACAAGUAUGGCACUGUGCUUAUACAACGUCUCAGAACGCCUUCUCAUUCAUCGUCCGAUUACCAUCCGACCGAGUAGCAGAAAACUCACGCGCGCUGCAGGAAAUUAUCACUUGAUUGAACAGCAUGGCUGAAAAGGGAGUUGACUCAGACUUCAAGCGAGGCGAAUCCCUCUUUGACAGAUAUUUUGGCGAUACCAAGGUUUCCCCUAGUCCAAGCCUAGGUGCGCUGAGUGCGCCUCCAUAGUACGCUGUGUCGUUCCUGGCGAUCUAGGAACCAUUGGUGGGCUGCUGGUAGAUGAAGAUGCGCGUGUAAUGCGCAAGGAUGCAUCAGCUUUUCGCAGUUCUACCACACACUUUGAAAAACAAAAGUACUUAUGCCGAAAUAAUACCUCACUUACUACAUAUGACCACAGAUACAGGAGAAUUCGGGAUCCCGUCAAGCUCUUGUAUUGAGUUCGACUCCCUCCAAAUAUAGAUGACUUAACCUCCAGUUUCGGCGUUCUGACUUCUGUUUUUGUGUUUUUGGAGGUCAUUAAACCCCAAGAGUCAACUUUUUGUCAUGUUUUAUUUUGAAUAAUAAUUUUGACAGGAUACUUGGUGGGCCAGAAUCCGAGGCAAUACAAGGCUGUAGCUCGGCGAGUCGAGCCCAAGGCUAGGGUAGGUUGUAUUGCUUUUAUAACAUCGCAAGGAGACGGUCAGCUAGGCCCUAUUCAAGAAGAUAGAUAGUAUCAUCGAGGCCAAAUAUAGUCUGAAUAUAUAAUAACACUUAUUUAUUUGUAUUUACUUUUACAUAUUUUACGCUUCCUUUGUACAGUUUAUGUCAACUAUGUAGCACCGUUAAAGGCAAGCUUGUUGACAGUGUCAGCACGGUUAUCGGUAAUGGCAUCCUGAGUAGCCGUCUGAACAAUGUAGUCGCACAGAGCAGGUCCGGCA